CCAGGUGAACAAGUGAGAAAGAAACAGCAAAAGAGAGCGAUCGAGAGUGUGAGAUAAAGAGAGAGCUACAUAUAUCCCAGAGACUAUUCAGUUCCGUUGUUGUUGAGUUAAGCGUUAAGCCAGUGUACAAUGUGCGGACAGGGCCGACUAUUGAGAGCGAUGGAGGUGGCCAGCGUGGUGCUGGUGCUGCUGGGACUGCUGCUGGCCGGUGCGGGAGUCAGCGAGGGGCGCCCCAUGGACCUGUACGAUGAUGUGAGCGACUUCUUCGAUGCCAUUUCCUUGGACGAUGUCGCCAACACGGGCCGCAACACGCAUCCGGAGCAGUUCUGCCUAAUGCCGGCCCGCAAGGGCGUCUGUCGUGCCCUCAUACCGCGCUGGCGCUACGAUCCUGAGCAGAAAAAGUGCGUGGAGUUCAAGUUCGGUGGCUGCGAUGGCAACGAGAACAAUUUCUCCAGCUACAAGGACUGCAUGUCCACCUGCGAGGGCAUGUAGUGAUCACCAGGAUCUGGAGCUACUGCUGAUCGGCCGUUUCUGGCCGAUGUGUUGCCAAAGGCGACUGCUUUUCUUUCGAGCUCUGCAAAGUAGCGAACCAAAGGCAGCAUUUACUUUAACCCACACACACACACACACACCCAUCAUAAUCUAAUCGAUCAACUCUUCUCUACUAUGUAAUAUUUAUAUAAUUAGUUUCUGUCAUUGAUCCAUUUAUUUUGUACUUGCGGCUAGGCGGUGUACAACACCACCGAUCCGAUCCACCUAGAGCUUAAGUUAUUGUGAUAAAACAAAUCAAAUUGAUUCAUCAUGAAAUAAAGAAGUU